AUGGCUGACUCAGCACCGGCCGAUAGUGGACGUGGUGGUUUUGGACGUGGUCGCGGUACUCGCGGUCGCGGUGCACGUGGACGCGGUGGACGCGGACGUGGACGUCGCGACGAGGGUGAGGCUGCCUGGGUCCCCGUGACCAAGCUUGGACGCCUCGUCAGAGACGGCAAGAUCAAGACCAUCGAGCAGGUUUACCUGUUCUCCCUGCCCGUCAAGGAGUACCAGAUCAUUGAUAUCUUCCUCCCCAAGCUUAAGGACGAGGUUAUGAAGAUCACCCCUGUUCAGAAGCAGACCCGCGCCGGACAGCGCACUCGCUUCAAGGCCUUCGUCGCCAUCGGUGACUCCAACGGCCAUGUUGGUCUCGGUGUCAAGUGCGCCAAGGAGGUUGCCAGCGCUAUCCGCGGUGCCAUCAUCCUGGCUAAGCUCUCGGUUGUCCCCGUCCGUCUCGGCUACUGGGGCUCCAAGCUCGGUGCCCCCCACACCGUGCCCGCCAAGGUCACCGGUAAGUGCGGCUCUGUUAUCUGCCGCCUCGUGCCCGCCCCCCGUGGUACCGGUAUUGUUGCCGCCCCUACCCCCAAGAAGAUUCUCACUCUUGCCGGUAUCACCGAUUGCUACACCACGUCGCGCGGUUCGACCAAGACCCUCGGUAACUUUGUCAAGGCUGCCUUCAUUGCCAUUACCAACACUUACUCGUUCCUGACACCCGAUCUCUGGGCUGAGACCAGCUUCUCGCAGGACCCCUUCCACGAGUUCUCCGACUACCUGGUUAAGGCUGCCGAGAAGAAGUCCAAGUACUAG